AUGGAAGAAUCAUCACGGCCACCACUCGGAGAAAUAAGAGUCAUUAUAGGGGGAAGUUCGACAGGCCAGUCAUCCAAGUCCAAGAAAGCAUACUUGAAGGUAGUGCAGAGUGUCCAGCUUUCUGGACGAUCACCGAGAGCAAGGACCACGGACGAAGCAGCGAUCACAUUCACGGACGAAGACGCUGAGAGAAUUCAUCACCCCCAUGAUGAUGCUCUCGUCAUCACCUUAAUGAUUGCUGACUACACAACUAGAAGGGUGCUUGUAGACAACGGAAGCUUGGCGGACAUUUUGUAUUAUCCAGCUUUUCAACAAAUGAGGCUAGGACGAGACUGGUUCCGUCCAGUGAACUCCCCCCUAGUAGGUUUUGGUGGCAUGAAGGUACAACCCGUGGGUACUAUUUCCUUAUCAGUGGUAGUGGGGGCAUACCCACGACAAGUCACCAAGGAUGUGAACUUCCUUGUGGUAGAUUGUCCGUCCUCCUAUAACGUCAUAAUUGGACGACCAACUUUGAAUAGUUGGAAGGCCGUUACCUCUACUUACCACCUAUCAGUUAAGUUUGCAACAGAACACGGAGUAGGGCAGGUACAAGGGGAUCAACUGGCAGCAAGAGAAUGUUACUUGGCCAUGUUGGCCAUGGACGAGCAAAUUCAAGCCAUGAAUAUUGAAGAAAGGAGAAUGGUAGCAGAGCCUACUGAAGCAUUAGAAGACAUUUCCCUGGACGAAGAGAACCCUGAGAAGUACCCUAGUGUCAUUAUCCACCGUCUGAAUGUAUGCCCUUCCUCCAAGCCAGUGCGGCAAAAGAAGAGGGUGUUUGCCCCUGAGAGAAAUGAUGCUAUCAAAGACGAAGUUCAAAAACUGAUGGGGGCGAGGUUUAUCCGGGAAGUGUACUACCCAGAUUGGUUGGCAAAUGUUGUAAUGGUCAAGAAGGCAAAUGGUAAGUGGAGAAUGUGCAUGGAUUUUACCGACUUGAACAAGGCUUGCCCGAAAGAUAGUUAUCCGCUACCACGCAUUGAUCAAUUGGUGGAUUCAACUGCGGGCCACAAGUUGCUUAGUUUCAUGGACGCUUUUUCAGGAUACAAUCAAAUAAGGAUGGACGAGGCGAAUCAGGAGAAAACAUCCUUUGUCACUAGUCAAGGUUUAUUCUGUUAUAAGGUGAUGUCGUUCGGCUUAAAGAAUACGGGGGCCACAUAUCAGAGAUUGGUCAAUCACAUGUUUCGACAACAGAUUGGGCGGAAUGUGGAAGUCUAUAUAGACGACAUGCUGGUAAAGAGCCAGGAUGAAGGAAGGCAUCUAGACGACCUGCAGGAGACAUUUGACACGCUGAGACAGUAUCACAUGAAGCUGAAUCCUAGUAAAUGUGCUUUCGGAGUAUCAUCAGGGAAAUUCCUUGGCUUUAUGGUCUCCUACAGGGGAAUUGAAGCGAAUCCUGAUAAAAUUCAAGCAAUACUAGACAUGAAGCCUCCGCAGAAUACAAAGGAGAUUCAAUCUCUUACUGGACGAGUCGCUGCACUCAACAGGAAGCUAAGGCACUAUUUCCAGGCCCAUGUCAUUAAUGUCAUGAUGGAUCAUCCACUUAAGAAGGCGAUGAACAGACUGGAAGCGGUUGGACGAUUGAUUCAGUGGGCCGUCGAGCUCAGCGAAUUUGACAUCAGAUAUCAACCAAGGCAUGCCAAAAAAGCUCAAGUAUUAGCAGAUUUCAUUGCGGAAUUUACCCCAAGUCAUGAUGAAACAGAAGGCAAUGAUAAAUGGGUCGUCCAUGUGGAUGGAUCAUCCACAAAGUAUGCAGGUGGAAUUGGUGUGGUUUUACAAUCCCCAGAAGGAGACAAAUUGAGACACAAGGUUCGUCUACAGUACCAAGCAACUAACAAUGAAGUCGAGUAUGAAGCCCUUCUCAAAGGGCUAGAAUUGGCUAAGUCUGUGGAAGCCAAGUCUAUACUCGUCCUGGGAGAUUCUCAGUUGGUCAUGGGGCAAGUAAAUGAAAUGUACGAAGCAAAGGAGGAACGGAUGAGGAAAUACCUUAGUAGGGUGAUGCGCCUAAUGAAGAGAUUUGAAAAAGCUGAAUUCGUUCAAAUCCCAAGGGAGGAAAACGUGGAAGCUGAUACUAUAGCGAAAGAAGCCUCAGCAAAUGAAUUUAUGGACGAAUCUGAUGAAAUUCAGUACAUGCCAAGCAUAGAUAUUCCAGAAGUACAACAGGUGGAAAAUAGAGGAAACUGGAUGACCCCGAUUAUAUCAUACCUGAAAGACGGAUAG